GACAUCCUCCCAGCGGCGGUCGGAGUCUCGCGAUAAAGGCUCGUUGUCUCGCGGGAGCGCUGCUGGCGGACUGGCUUUCGGGCGGCCCUGGCCGGGGAGACGAGUUGCAUGUGUCGGUUCAGCUGGCGAUAGCGGCGGGAGCGGAGCCGGCGGGGCCUGUGCGACCGCCUGGGUUUGUGAAAUGGCUGCUGACAUUUCUGAAUCCAGCGGGGCUGAUUGCAAAGGAGACUCAAGGAACAGUGCCAAGUUAGAUGCCGAUUACCCACUUCGAGUCCUUUAUUGUGGAGUCUGUUCGUUACCAACAGAGUACUGUGAAUAUAUGCCUGAUGUUGCUAAAUGUAGACAAUGGUUAGAGAAGAAUUUUCCAAAUGAAUUUGCAAAACUUACUGUAGAAAAUUCACCCAAACAAGAAGCUGGAAUUAGUGAGGGUCAAGGAACAGCGGGGGAAGAAGAGGAGAAGAAAAAACAGAAGAGAGGUGGAAGGGGUCAAAUAAAACAGAAGAAGAAGACCGUACCACAAAAGGUUACUAUAGCCAAAAUUCCCAGAGCAAAGAAGAAAUAUGUGACAAGAGUGUGUGGCCUUGCAACUUUUGAAAUUGAUCUUAAAGAAGCACAAAGAUUUUUUGCUCAAAAAUUCUCCUGUGGUGCCUCAGUAACAGGGGAGGAUGAAAUUAUCAUUCAGGGAGACUUUACAGAUGACAUAAUUGACGUCAUUCAGGAAAAAUGGCCAGAGGUAGAUGAUGACAGCAUCGAAGAUCUUGGAGAAGUAAAGAAGUGAAUUUGAAAAUUCGUCUAUAUUUAAUGGCCUGAACUGAGAAGUUGAUAUGGCCAAAGGGAGAGAGGCCUUUUAAAAUAUAUAUAUAUAUAUAUAUUUAUUCUACAGUAAAACUGUAGACUGCCCUCGUCCUUGGCAUUUUCACUGUUCUGUACAAGGCUGCUUGUUUUUUUAUUGCCAAAGUCAAAUAAACGGGAGACUGUCAUGCUCAUGCAUGAAUAGAAUUUAGUCAAAUAAAAAAUUUUGGUCAUUUGGUACUGACUUUCUCUUUCUCUGUCUCUUUUUUUUUUUUUUUUUUUUUUUUUAAGACAGAGUCUCGCACUGUUGCCUGGGCUGGAAUGCAGUGGUGCGAUCUCGGGUCACUGCAACCUCCACCUCCCGGGUUCAAGUGAUUCUCCUGCCUCAGCCUCCCUAGUAGGUGGGAUUACAGGUGCCCGCCACCACGCCCAACUAAUUUUUGUAAUUUUAGUAGAGACAGGGUUUCACCAUGUUGGCCAGGCUGGUCUCGAACUCCUGCCCUCGCAAUUGGCCCACCUCAGCCUCCCAAAGUGCUGGUAUUACAGACGUGAGCCACCACGCCUAGCCUGAGUUUCUCUUUCUCUCUUUUUAACUUUAGUUUUUGAAAAACCCGGUAGACUUUUUGUGGGGAGCAUUUUUGUUGAUUAUUUUACUGGUCUAAAGCUGAGUGAUUUUUUUAAAAGAACUUGAAUUUGGCUUCCUCACCAGUAAUAUGUCUCCUGGCUUCUUUGAUGUGAUAGUGUUGAGAUGGGUGAGAAUCUAAUCGAUUUGUGGUUGAAGGUGAAUUUGCUUUGUUGUGAAGUCCACCCUAUGGGCACAAUAACAUACUGUUGGUAGGAGUUGUUUGAGCUAUUUUGGAGAUUAUUUGGUAAAGUAUACUAAAAGCCUUAAACCAUGUAUGUGCACUGUUUGAACCAGUAAGCCACUUCUUUGACAUUAGAAGACAUUAGAAGAAAUACUCAGCCUUGCAUAAAACUUACGGAUGAAAGUAUUCAUCACAAUAUUAUUUAUAAUGAAAAAUUGCAAAUGUUAUAAAUGAACAAUUAGAAAAUGGUUAAACAAGUGAUGGUGCAUUGUGUGGUAGAAUAUUAUGCAUAUGUUUAAAGAAUCAUAUUUUCUAAGAUUAUUUGGAAACAUGUUUGGUAAUGUCAAGUGGAGUACCCCAGAUACAUUUUAGACAUUUAUCAUCAUCAUUGGUCUGAGUGGAAGGCCGUUUGGAGAGGCUAGAGGCUCUUAUUCUGGCUAUAAAUUACGUGAGUAAAAUUCUGCUAACCAUUAAAAAUACUGUGUACACCCAUCCUCAAUAUAUAGUCCUGGAAAUAGCAGUUGAAACAUGUCUUCUCACAAGAGAAAAUGACAGUUAAUGAUGCAUUAGAUGAAUUUAAACUUUAAGUCAGGUGCUGCAAAUUGGAAAGAAGACUUGUGGUGUUUUAAAUUGCUGUGGACACUUAAACUUAGAACCCAUGGAACCCUUGUUUAUUGCCAUGCAAAUUACAAUCUUGAAUGAGUGUUUUUUUAAAAAUAAAGUAUUAGAAAAAUGUGUAAUAAAGAUGUAAAAUUAAAAAAUGGAAUUCUGCAUUAACUGUGGAUUUUACUAAAUAGAAUUACUGGUGAAGCUAAUUUAUCCAUCGAGACUAUCUGGUAUAUGUUACGUAUGUAGUCUGUUGGUGCUGAAAGAUGUCUGUGUGCCUGCAUCAACAUGUGACAUGUGACAUGUAAAGUUUCUUCAUGUUCACAGUUCUUAGCAAAUGCAGUUUCAAUCCAUAGAUAGCCAGCAGUGGAUGUUACUACAGGAAAAUACAGGAUUAAAAUUGUCCUUGUGUA